CCCUUUAAAAAGGAAGGAAAAAAGUGGUGGUUCAGGACUAUACCCAGGAAUAACCCGUGUCUAUGGAUCUCUUUCUAGCUUAAAAGAUGAGAUCACAUCUGAGAAACUGCUUGGGGUAAAGUUGUGGAUUACAGCAGGGCCGAGAGAAAAAUUCAGUGCUGCUGAGUUUUCAGUUCUGAAGACGUUCCUGGAGGAUGGUGGGGCCAUCCUGGUGAUGCUGAAGGAAGGGGGCGAGUCCCAGUGUGGCACCAAUAUCAACUUCUUGUUGGAAGAAUACGGGAUCAUAUUCAACAACGAUGCUGUAGUACGAACUGUGUACUGCCAGUACCACCACCCAAAAGAAGCACUCAUCUCUGAUGGAGUUUUGAACAGGGGAAUCAGUGAAGCUGCAGGGAAAACAGUGCCUGAGCCAGCAGAUGAAGAUGGAAAUGGGCGUGGCUCACAGGCUCUCAGGUUCCUGUACCCCUUCGGUGCCACGCUGAACGUGAUGAAGCCAGCAGUGGCUGUGCUGUCCACGGGCUCCCUCUGCUUCCCCCUCAACAGGCCCAUCCUUGCUUUCUGUCAGCACCAGGGUCAACAAGGUGGAAAGAUUGCAGCACUGGGAUCUUCUCACAUGUUCAGUGAUCAAUACUUAGAUAAAGAAGAAAACAGUAAGAUCAUGGAUGUGCUUUUCCGGUGGCUCACAUCAUCAGAUAUCCAGUUGAACCAGGUGGAUAUGGAGGACCCUGAGAUUUCAGACUACACCAUGGUCCCAAAUAUAGCUGUGCUGGCUGAGCAGCCUCGAGUCUGUCUGCAGGAAGGAGAGGAGAACCCAAGAGACUUCACAAAGCUCUUUGACAUGUCCCUGUAUGAGCUGGACACGACUGCCCUCCCUUCAGUGAUCAAAGCUUACGAGGAGCUGAACGUGAAGCACGAACCCCUCCAGCUCAUUCAGCCUCAGCUGGAGACUCCACUGCCUCCCCUCCAGCCAGCUGUUUUCCCCCCCAUUUUCAGAGACUUGCCUCCUCCCCCUCUGGAGCUGUUUGACCUGGAUGAAGAGUUUUCCUCUGAGAAGGCUCGUCUUGCAGAGAUUACCAACAAGUGUACCGACGACGACCUGGAGUUCUACAUACGAAAAUGUGGCGACAUCCUUGGAGUGACAGAGAAACUCCCAAAGGAGAAGCUAGAUGCCAAACACAUCCUGGAGUACAUCUUCUUCCAAGUGGUGGAGUUCAAGAAACGGAAUCAG